UCGCCUCAAGGCUGCUAGCCCAUCGAUACACCCUCCCUCUCCCACAUACAACCUGCCCAUCUUAUCGUGAUCUGUUUCUGUCCUCCUCCGCCGUGCGCCUCGCAGGUGAAUUCUUGUUUUGCGGUCCCCUCAAAGCAUGCGCCCUCGCCGAGACCCGAGACGAUUUAUUAUAAGCGGACUGAUCUGCUACGUUGUUACCCAAGCCACACCAAACGCCUUCCGAUCAACAGCGCAUUUCGAUCCAAGAUGGCGGCCCCAAAGAUGACGAAGAACCAAAUGCGGAGGGCGAAGAAGAAGGAGCUGAAGAAGACACAGGUAGAGACCGCGUCGAAAACCCCCGAGCCCAAUGACGAGAAGAAGCCUGAGGAGGCCGACACCCAAGAAAAGGCUGGCGAAGAGCUCGAAGUUAAGAAUGACGCCAGAACAAGCGUCAAUGGUGUGGCCGAUGGCCCGGCCGAAGACGACGUCGACCUCGACGACGAGAGAUUUGCCGCGUUCAAGGACAUUUUCUCAAAGUUUGGGGUCUCAUUAGACGAGGACGAAGUGGCGAAAGAGGCCAAUGCCGGUAAUCAGGGCGAGGUGAUAUGGGACGACGACGACAUUCCUAGCGAGGACGAGGAGGCCACGGGACAGACCAAGCUCUCCAAGAAGAAGCGGAAGCAGCUCAACAAGCUCUCUAUUGCGGAGCUCAAGGCGCUGGUCAAGAUCCCCGACGUGGUCGAGUGGCAGGACACAUCGUCUUCGGAUCCGCGACUGCUCGUGCAGAUCAAGGCUCAGAGGAACGUGGUUCCGGUUCCCGGUCACUGGCAGCUCAAGAGAGAAUACCUGUCUUCGAAGCGAGGUAUCGAGAAGCCGCCCUUCCGGCUACCAAAGUUCAUUGCCGAGACGGGUAUCACGGAAAUGCGUGAUGCUGUCUUGGAGAAGCAAGAACAACAGUCACUGAAGCAGAAGCAGCGCGAGCGCGUUGCCCCCAAGAUGGGCAAGCUGGACAUCGACUAUCAGAAACUCUACGACGCAUUCUUCCGUUUCCAAACCAAGCCCGAGCUGACGCGGUUCGGCGAGGUCUACUAUGAGGGCAAAGAAAGCGAGGUUGAUUUCCAGCACUUCAGACCAGGUGAGCUGACCGAAGCUACAAAGGAGGCUCUGGGCAUGCCCCCAGGCGCCCCCCCGCCGUGGCUCAUCAACCAGCAACGUUUCGGCCCCCCUCCAUCAUAUCCCACUAUGAAAAUUCCCGGACUCAACGCGCCGCCGCCACCAGGCGGGUCGUGGGGAUUUCACCCCGGUGGCUGGGGCAAGCCUCCCGUCGACGAGUUCAACCGACCCCUCUACGGCGGUGAUGUCUUCGGUCUCACAAACCAGGCCGGCGCGCAGGUGGCGCCUCCAGUUGCCCAACCCCUGGGUACCGGUGAACCCGUGGAGAAGACGCUCUGGGGUGAGCUCCAGCCCCGCGACGAGGAGUCUGAAGAGGAGGAAUCGGAAGACGAAUCAGAAAAUGAAGAGGAGGAAGACGCGGACGUCCCCGGCGGUCUUGCGACACCGAGCGGUAUCGAGACCUCGGGCGGCAUGGUCUCGUCCGUACCGACAGACUACCCCGGCCAGGGCGUCGAGACCUCCGUGGCGGGCGAGAUGGACCUGCGGAAGCAGAGGCGCGGCUUCGAUACAGAGGAGAGCUCGCACCCUCGCUCCGCGUACCAGGUCAUCCCCGAGCGACAGCAGCGCACCGAGGGUUUCUUCGGCAGCGACAGGGUGUACGAUCUCAACCAGCAAAAAGGCGCCGGCAACGUGCCGGUCCUCGGCCAGGAGGACGACAGUCGCAAGCGCAAGAAGCCCGGCGACGUCGACGUCGCGCUCGACCCGGACGCGCUGCAGAGCCACGACGGUAUUAGCAAGGACGAGUUGCGACGCCGGUUCGAGGAGGGCAAGCGUGAGGAGGGCAUUGGCGCCAAGUGGGCGUACGAGGAGGACCUGUCGGAAAUGAUUGCGCAGGAGUCGAGGAAGAGGCAAAAGGUGGACGAGAAGCGCAACGACGAGAAAAAGAAGCAGAGCAAGUACAGGUUUUAGAGACACAGCGAUGGAAGCUUACCCAACCUGUCCACUCUCUUGGCUCUCUAUGUAAUGGUAUGAUUUUCUGGUGAACUGGCGAAUGCUCUGAAGUCUGAUGUUUUUUUUAUUUUCUCUACUUCCCUACCUACCUACGCAUUAUGGCAGCGGCGCUAGGCUGGCAUCCAAGAUUUUUUUAAAAAAUGUCUGCAAGUUGAGGGUUGUCUCCAAGUCUUGCAUUGUUGUCUCUCCGGACGCGUCCAAAUCCGCUUCGUCAGCGCUGAUAUAAACCUUUCAAU